UGAAGUAGAAAUGACCCUGCCUUCUCUCUGCCCCCCACCCCAUUAUGCCUGUCGGGAGUCACCUGGGACGUAUCCAGCCCCCAGCUUCUUUCCAUCCUCCCCCCUCAAGACCUCACAUGCCCCCUCUCUCUCUGUCCCACGAGCAGCAGGAGCUCCCGACCCACGUGAACCACUCGGCUGCCCCGGCCCCCGAGAUGCCCACCACCCUGCACUCCAAGAUGGACGAGCUGGAGGGGCGGCUGCUGGCCGAGGUGCUGGCUCUGGAGAAGGAGCGCACGGCCCUGAGUCACAGCGGCCACCGGCAGAGGCAGGAGGUGGGGAAGGAGCUGGAUGCACUGCAAGGCCGCGUGGCCGAGCUGGAGCAUGGGUCCUCUGCCUACAGCCCGCCGGACGCCUUCAAGCUCAGCAUCCCGAUCCGGAACAACUACAUGUACGCGCGCGUGCGCAAGGCCCUGCCGGAACUCUACGCCUUCACCGUCUGUGCAUGGCUGCGGUCCCGCUCGGGCGGCACUGGCCAGGGCACCCCCUUCUCCUACUCGGUGCCCGGGCAGGCCAACGAGAUCGUGUUGCUGGAGACCGGCCCCGACCCCAUGGAGCUGCUCAUUAAUGACAAGGUGGCCCAGCUGCCCCUGAGCCUGAAGGACAGUGGCUGGCACCACAUCUGCAUUGCCUGGACCACGAGGGACGGCCUGUGGUCAGCCUACCAGGAUGGCGAGCUGCGGGGCUCUGGCGAGAACCUGGCCUCCUGGCAUCCCAUCAAGCCUCACGGGAUCCUCAUCCUGGGCCAAGAGCAGGACACCCUCGGCGGCCGGUUCGAUGCUACGCAGGCCUUCGUGGGUGACAUCACCCAGUUUAACCUGUGGGACCACGCCCUGACUGCGGCCCAGGUCCUGGGCAUUGCCAACUGCAGCGAGCCACUGCCAGGCAACGUCCUCCACUGGGAAGACAAGCUGGUGGAGGCCUUCGGGGGGGCCACCAAGGCCACCUUCGACAUCUGCAAGGGCAGCGCCAAGGCAUGAGGAGCCACCUCGUGCAGGCCCCGCCCCUGCCUGCCACUUUGGGGAUGCAGUGGGUGUGUCCCCAUAAACCUCUGUCCCCAUCCCGACCCUCUCAUCCCCUCCAGAAUGCCCUGCAGUGGGUGUCCCCCCUCCCGGAUGGGGUGACAGCUCCAAUCACCAGGUCAAACCCCAGGCGAUGCAGGACUGGACGGCGGGGGCGGGGAUGGGAGUAGCAAUGUCCACAGCUGGAAUUCUCUCUUGCCCUGCCCCGGCUCUGCCCUGUCCAUCCCCUUUGAUCCAUCUCUCUCGAUAGCGCCACCUGGGGGCUGGGUGGGGGAAGGACCCCCAAUCUCAUGUCAGGGUAGCUGUCUACCACUCCGCACCACGCAGGCCUGGCGCCUCCCCCUUGAGGCCCACUCAGGCUGGGCACGGUUGGGGGGAGUGCUCAGACUCACCCCAUACCCUCUUUCCUCCCAGGACAUCAUCCGGACCAGCCUGAACCCUCCCUCUCUUCUUCCUCCCUCCCUUUCCCUCCUCAGUCAUCAUCGGCUCAUGUGACUUUGUCUGAAUGUGGGUUCCUUCCCUGGCCCCGCCCCGCCCCCCUUGGGCUCACUCACACACAGCUUUGCCCACGGGCACGGCCACCCCUACCCUCGGGCCUAGGCUGCUUCUGCUUGAGCAGGGCCAGCUGGAAGCAGAGGUGCCAUGCCAAGGGGAGCCGCCUCUUGGGGUGGGGGUGGAGGCGGAGCUGAGAGUAGUAGAAGGGAGGGUGGUAGCAGAGGGUCUGUCACAGGGGAGCAGGGUCUCUGUGUAGCCUGCAGGGAGGCCCUGCCCUCUCGGGGCCUGGCCUUUCUCGCCAGUGAGCGGAGGCCCUGACUUGAGUCAGUUCUAGAAGCUUCUUCAGACUGAAUGUAAGAUGAUCUGUGAUUCUAAAGGCAAAGGGUGAGGCAAGGCCAGGCCCGGGAGCCAAGGAAGGGUGGAAGUUGAGAGUGGGCAGCAGAUGGGACCAGCAUACCGGUCAGGGUCAGGGUCGGAGAUGACUCCAAAAGGUCAAGGGCAAGGUUCAAGGCAAGUCAAGGUCAUCUCCCUUUGGGUCCCUGGUCUGGCACCCUUGCCUGACUGAGGCUCUCAAAGGCUUGGUGGCUUCUAGGUCUCCAUCCUUGAACCAAGACCCUAGGGCCUUGCCAGAGCUGAGGUGGGCUGCCCGCUCGGGCCCCCUGCUUGAACAGAUGGGCAACCGCUCCAAGAGGGCAAGCCGCCUGCAUGGGACCACAUAGCACUGGGAGGCGGGCAGGACUAGAACACAGGCCUCUGACUCCCACGCCGGAGUGCCCGUCUUCAAGGGCCUGUGGGUCCAGCCCACAGCAGAGAGGCAGGGGCAGGGAUGAAUGGGGGGGUGAGGGUCAAGAGGCUUCCCAGAAGGCCACACUCAGACAGAUGGGCUCCCAGAGGUAAGGGGAGGAGGGCAAGAUCCCUGAGCUUCCAGGCGAGAAUAGAGGGCUGAGAACACAGGUGUCUAGCACCUCCCAGGUGCCCUGGCAGCUGCAGACUACCCAUCCCAUCUCUGCUCCCCUGGCCACUUAGCCAGAGGCCUGAGGCCCAGGCUGUGGGCUGCGGGGCCUGAGGGUGAGGAAGCUUCCCCAGGGUGUGUGGCCUCCAGCCCCUAGCUCCAUGUUUCCAUUUUAAGAGCACAAAUAGAUUAUUCAGCACCUCCAGCCCAUCUCCCCCUGGAAAAAGGAGUGACGGAUGGUGCACUGAGCCAGAACCUGCCGAGAUCUCGGUUGCUCUGGUAACAGCCAAUGACAUCGGCCCAAGGGCUGGGUCAGGUGUCUCAUCCAUCAGGAUGCCUGCUGUUGCUGGGGUGACAGCAGACUUCGGAGCUUAGGUUUGGGGGUGCCGGGCUGUUGGGUUUCUGUUGCCCUGUUUAGGGAGGCAGCAUUGCAGGGGGCCGUGGAGGGAGGAAAGGCCCUCGGGAGGGAGGUGGUAGGACUUGUCUGGUCCCUUGAGCCCCCUUACCCUCUGUGCUUCGACUUGGUGAUGAUAAGGUCACUGGUCAGCCCUCUGGAGGGACCAGAUGGGGACGUUGGGUGCAGGCUCUGAGUCUGGGUCUUUGCGGAGGGACCUGGGGCCCCAGGUCCACUCCAGGAAGCUGAAAACCCAAAGUCCACACCAGCACUCCGUCUGUUAAUCCAGCAUCUGCUGGCUGGACUCUCCCGGAGGUUCAGGUGGGUUUUUCGGCCGCCCUGGCAGAUCCAAGUCAGUUGCACUAAAGGGGCUAGAAGCCACGUCUCUCGGCUACUCCUGGUGAACAUUGGUCACCAUUGUGACCACAUCGCUCACAGCCAUGUUCGUCAGUGUCAGACCAGGACACUAGCUUGCUUAUAUUCUCGAGACAGUGAUAAGUUAGGGCUACUCCAGCUCCCUUACACAGGUGAGGAUGCUUGGGCCCAGAGAGGUUGGGUCACUACCUGGCCCGGUGUUGAUCUGCCCGAAAGUGGUGAAGCCUGGACUUCAAACCAGGGCACCUUCCAUGCAGAGCCCACCCUUCUGCCCAAGGGGACAGGCGCCCCCCAUUCUAGGUGGACUUUGGGCACCCUCUCUGCUCCCAGAAGAUAAGGCCUGACUCCACGAAUGAGGCCAACCACGUGGAGCCUAAAGGGAAGGAAGUUGGUGUGUUUACCAAUAGCCCCCCCACCCCCAGCCCCCAGAAGGGAAGGGAAGAAAGGACGCUGUCUGCUUUUCUACCCCUGCUGUGGGCCGCACCCCUGCACCCGGUGCUUCUCAGCUGUUACCUGCCAGGUCCCCACCUCCAACCCAAAACAUGGGUCUCCUCACUACACCUGUGCAUGACCUAGGGCCACAGGCUUGGGAAGGGAGACCAAAGCCCCAUUUGUCAGAUGCAGAAACUGAGGCAAGGAGGGAGGCCGCACAGCUGGAGCAGAGAGGAGACUCUAUAUGAGGUCAAUGGUCAGGGGGAUGAGCUCUUCUCCAGGAAUGGGGUUUCCCCUUUCCAGGUCCCCACCCUGAGGACACUGGGAAGGGCCUCUCCCAGAGAUGCCAUCACGUCUUCACUCCCCUCCUCCCAGCUGCCUGCGACCAUCCAUGCCCAUCCUGCUGGGUGGGGAAGGGGCUCAGGGGGCCCAGGCCGGGCAGUGAGCAAGCAUGUCGUGUCACCUGACACUGAGUCAGUGACCCCUCCUGAGGCCUCCCAGCCCUUCCCCUCCGCCCCCCCGCUCCCCGAUUUUGUCCAUAAAGUGAUCUGAGAUGCUGGGACAUAUGUGUGUGUGUGUGUAUGUGUGGUACAAGUCAUGGGUUUUGUUACGUUUUUUUCGUUUUUGUAAACUUGAAUGUUCAAAAUAAACAUGAUGUUAGUAAA